GCUCCUGCCCCGGGCGAGUCCGGCGACGGCUUGUUGCUGUCGGGUGUGGUGGGCGGGGUGGUGGCGCUGGUGGGUCAGCGGGCGGGGGAGCUGGACGCGGGCGGACUGGUCACAGCGGCGGUGGGGCUGGCCAAGCUGCACUGCCACGUGCGGGUGGACCCCGGGGUGUUUCGCAGCCUGCUGGGGCAGCUGGGGCCGGGCAGGCUGGCGGGGCUGGGGGGCAAGGCGCUGGCCAACCUCAUGUGGGCGCUUGCCACCGCCGGCGUGCAGCCCUGCGGCUCCUGGCUGUCCGGCUUCUACACCGCUGUGGAGCGACGACUGGACACGGCUGGGGGGGCUGCUGCGGGUGGUGGUGGUGGUGGUGGUGGUGGUGCUGCUACACCUCCUCCAACCCCACACUCCCCUUCACCCGCCGCCUCCUCUUCCCUCCGCACCACCUCCACCUCCCCUCCUCCUCCCCCCCUCUCCGGCUCCGACCUCGCCACCCUGCUCUGGUCCUUGGCCAAACUCGACCUCAUGCCCGAGCACUGGCUCAUGACCCGACUGGUGGCCGCCAGCUGCGCCGCCCUGACACACUCGGCCUGUACGGCGGACGGCGCGGCGGUGCUGACGUGUCUGGCUCGCUGCUACUGCGCCUACAACUGGCGGCCGGCGGAGGAGGUGGUGGGGGGUGUGCUGGGGGCGGUGCUGCCGGGGCUGCGGAGGGGCGCGCCAGGGGACCUGGUGGCGCUGCUGCACUCGGCGGUGUGCCUCAGCCAUCUGCCCGCCCGCCCCUUCAUGCUGGAGUACUACUCGGUGCUCAAGGACCGACUGGCCUCGGAGCCGCUGCUGUCGUACUCGGACUUCUCGCGCCUGCUGUGGUCCCUAUCGCGGGUGGACUGCCCGCCGCCGCGGAGCUGGCUACGCGAGUUCCUGGAGCUCAGCGCCCCCAAGCUGCCGCACCUGCGCCCCCGUGCGCUGUCUGAGCUGGUGUGGGUGCUGGCGUGCUGGGACUGCCGCCCCUCGCCCCGCUUCCUGCGCGACUUCUUCCGAGCCUCGCAGCGCCGACUGCCCGAGUACCCACCCGCGCAGAUCGCGGACACCCUGUCCGCCCUUGCCAAGCUGGGCUGCCGGGCGCCCUCGCCCUGGCUCGCCGCCGCCCUGGCCUCCUUCUGCUCCCCCACCUCCCUCGCCGAGGCCUCCGCUCGAGACCUGGUGGCCACCAUUGAGUCGGUUGUGGAGGUGGCGGAGGACCGAACCUGGCUGGCCGCGGGCCCCCAGAAGGCAGCACUGCAGCUGCUGGCAGACAGGGCGGCUGCCAAGUUUGCUGUGUUUGACGCAUGCAGUCAUGCGAGGCUUGUGUUGGCGCUGGCAAGAGCGAACUGCUGCCCGGGUCCCGCUUGGCUGCGGCAGCAGCAGGCGAGCCUGGCGAGUGCUUGGAGCGCGGAAGCGGUGGUG